GGACGGAGAGGGAGCUCGAGUCUACUCCCCAGCUGCCAUCGUACUGCUGCCGCUGCUCCUCCCCCUCCGCCGCCACCUCCACCUCCACCACCACCUCCUCCUCCUCCACCAGCGGAGCCACUUCUUUCUCAUCACAUCCUGGGGUAAAUACGGCCAGAUUGAAAUCUAUACACAUACAAGGGGCUCCAUCGUUACCCCGCGGAGGCCACCUCAUCGUGUACACCAGGCGGCCCUUUGGAUGGUCGGUCUCCGACACGGCCAGACUGGGGAAGCUCUCGGACGGUGAUUUUGUGCUUUUCUACCCCCUUCAACGUUUCCUCCCUAGCGGUCGGGUCGGGGUUACGCUUCCUCCUGUGGCGAGAGACGCCAGGUUUUGUGUGGAGAUGGGGAUGCGACGUUGAAGGCCAGCGCCAAGCGAGCGAGCAUUCUGGAGAUGUGAGGAACGGGAAGCCCCUUGCUGAUAUCGAGCAGCAUUUUGACCUCAUCUUCAGUAUGAAUGGUGAUAUGCCUCAUGUUCCCAUCACUACUCUCGCCGGAAUCGCAAGCCUCACGGACCUGUUAAACCAACUUCCACUGCCCUCACCUCUCCCUGCUACCACUGCCAAGAGUCUGCUUUACAAUGGACGAAUCUCCGAAGAGGUCAGCAGCCUUUUGGUGUGUCGUGACGACAGCCUGGUAACUCAGCUGGCUCACGGCCUCAACCAGGUGUCAACAGAACACAUAGACCUGAAGGACAACUUGGGGAACGAUGAGCCCGAGGGUGACAUGCCUGUGCUCCUACAAACUCUGCUGUCCAGAAACCCCAAAAUCUUCCGGGACAAAAGUGUGAUCCAGCAACCAGCGGUACAACAGUACAAGAUUUCUCCAAACCAGGUACACAGGAGUCCAGCAUCAAAUUAUCAGCAGUCCCCAGUCACUCAGAGGACGUCUGGAUGCUUCAGCUCGCCACAGUCCGGGCCCGGAGCUCGGUUCAUAUCACAGCAGCAGCAUUCAAACAGCCCCAUCCCCAGUCCCUAUACUCCGCAGAGUCCUGCUGAUUACAUGCAAUACAGUCCGCCCAGUUACUCUCAACACCAGCAGACGCAGCAAGUUGGCGGUAUUAGGAAUCUCCACAACAAGGUGUCAGGACAGCUAUCGAGUAACGCAUCCAAUCAUCAUGCCAAACCAGGCUCGGAUGGCGACUAUGUCACCAUUGCGCACAGACUUGGAAAUGAGGAAAAUGAGCACUCCAUGAUGGCUGCCUUGUUUCCGGUCAAGUCACCGCAGUCUGUGUGUUCCCCGGAUGAGAGCGAGGAAGCAUCGAAAUGGUCCAGACCUCUGCUCAUCAUGCAGUCACCUCCUUCUGACAUCGCUCCUAGCGCAGCUCCCAACAUGCUGCUGUCUUCCACUGAACGAAAAAAGAAGCCGAGGCAAAGGAACAAGGCGGGCGGUGAUCACAUGGAGAAAAACGCAUUGUAUGACAUUGUGAGCUCUCCCGUGAAAGACUCUGCUAGGCUGACAUUGAAGCUGUCCAGAGUGAAGAACGUAGACAAAGAACAGUACGAAGAGCAUUCUCCCGGGACUGAUGCGGAGCAACAAGCGUGCCUGACGAACAGUAAAAACCCCUUGCCGAACUCCGAUCAGGACUCGCCAUGCAAGUACGCCGCAGAGGAGUCACCACACUGUCAACGGGCGCCGUUCCAGCCAAACGACACCGCUGCCCUCUCUGCGGUGGUGCUGCUGGACGACACCGAGGCGGACAUCGAUGCUCUGGCGGAGAUUGAGAGCACCGAGCGCGAGUCUGUCAGCGAGAGAGAGCGAUGGUCCAAGGAAGUCCAGGAUAAAGACAAACCGCUGAAGAAACGCAAGCAAGACUCAUACCCUCAGGAACUGGGAGUCGACAUAAAUGACGGUUUCGCCGUACAGGGUGGCAAUGCCGGCAACCAGAUGACACCCAAGAAGAAAAACGCGGCGAGUAACGGUUCCGGUCGGCCCGCUCUGAUGGUCAGCAUCGAUCUGCAGCAGGCCGGUCGAAGUUUACGGCAGCCCGUUGUGGUGCUGGAGGCCAAGCAACUGCGCGAAGAGCACAUCGUGCAAGUCCCUUCCGAGACGGAAGCGGAGAAAAAUAAUGCCUGCCAAUUGACUGAUACCAAACCGCAGGUCGACGACUCCUGGAAGUUCAGCUUGGAUAUCUGUCCGAAGGAGAAGAAGGAAAGCCCGUGGGAGUCCAAACACAGACCCGACGGGGGAAAGUCGGACGCAAAGUGCGGAGACUCGCCGAGGCUGAAGCAGAAUCGGGAUUGGGAGUCUUGCCACAGGGAGGAAAUGAACGACAACGGUCACUGUCAACCGGAGACUCUAAAAAUCUCGAGCAAGGCGGAGCGGAAUGCCUUUUGUCAUAACGAAGACAAAAGCAGGGAGAAGAAGAGGACGAAAGAUCAUGCCACAGAAAAAGAUAGGAGUAGGGAAAAAGAUGGGGAUAAAGACCAAGACGUGGAUAAAGAAAAAGAGAGAGACAAGGAUAAGAUAAGAGAUAAAAACAAAAUUAGGCAAAAGGAUAUAGACAAGAAUAGGGAUAGAGACAGAGAGGAGGUGGGAAUGGACAGAGUCAAAAAUAGAGAAAAGGAUAAGGACAGGGAUAGGGAAAAGGAGAGAGAUGUGGACAGAGUUAGAGAUCGGGAGAAAGAUCGAGUCAGCGUUAAGGAUCUAGGUAAAGAUCGGGUCAAGGAAAAGUACAGAGUUAAGGAGAAAAACAGGGAGAAAGUUCGAUCUAAGGAGAAAGAGCGAGAUAAGGAGCUAGGUAUGGCUGACGAUCGAGUCAAAGAGAAAGAGCGAGUUAAGGAGCCGGAUAAGGAAAGAGAUCGACUAAAGGAAAAAGAGCGAGCGAAGGAGCAAGAUCGGGAAAAAGAUCGAUUAAAGGAAAAGGAGCCAGAUAAGCAGAAGGAUCGAUUAAAGGUAAAAGAGCGAAAUAUGGAGACUGAUAAGGAGAAAGAUCGAUUAAAGGAGAAAGAGCGAAAUAAGGAGGCGGAUAAGGAGAAAGAUCGAUUAAAGGAGAAAGAGCCGGACAAAGAGAAAGAGCGAAACAAGGAGCCAGAUAAGGAGAAAAACAGAUUAAAGGAAAAGGAGCGGGAUAAGGAAAAGGACAAAAGUGUGGAGAAGGAGCGAUAUAGAGAUAAAGGCCGGGAACGAGAGAUGAUUGAAGGGAAAGAGAGAGUCAGAGAAGACAAAGCCAGGAAACACAAAACGUCGAUGGGUAACAGCAACCAAUCUCUGGAUGGGACGCCCCAACCGGAGAAGGAUCACAAAAUCCGGCAAGACGGGAGUAAACACUCCAGUGACCUCAGCGGUCGUGAAAGGACAGAAAAAUCCAGUUUCCCGACCCCGCAUAAUAAAAAAGAUAGGAAAGGCGGGGAAGACAGUAAAGAACUUUCCCACGUGAAAAAAAUAAGCGAAUUUCCAUCAUACUUGCUCGGGGGAAACUCGGGAGCACUGAAGAACUUUGUGAUACCCAAAGUGAAACGGGACCCGGUCGAUAAAUUCCCCACGGUCUCGAACAACUUGGUUGAUGUCUGGAAAGAACCUCGUGUUCUGCUGGAGAGGAGGUCGCUGAUCGAAACCCUCAGCAGAGGCCCGAAACCCAUUGUGGUGAUGCGGCGACUGAGCGUGGAUGACAUACGAAGCAUCAAGAAAGAACUCAAAGAAACCUACAAGUCGUGGAAGUUGUCUUCUAGCCACAAAUCGAGAGAGAUGUCAUUUGGUGCCAAGCGGGGGCACAGUAUGAUCAGUAAAACUCCCAAGUAUAUCGCUGACUUUGAUGAAGAGGAGGAGGGAACCGAUGAUAACGAUGACCACAGUCACAACUCGGACAAUGAGGUGAUGAGGAAAAGGCGAAGGAAAGAUCAGGACAAGUCAAGGAAGUGUGAGUCAAAAAAAGGCCGACAACGUCAACAGGACUGGAACUCAGACGAAUGCGUCGGUGGUCCGCCGCCAAAUUUAAGUGAUGUGGCCAGAAAAUUGAAGAAAAAACACAAAGAGAGAAAGGCGUAUGAAAAGAUGCGACCUGAGGAUUUAAUGGACACGUCCACGUUCAAGAGAUUCGCAGCCAGCGUGGACAACAUCCUGGAGAGUCUGGAGGAUGUGGACCUUCCUGCGGCAGAUGACGACGGUGAUGAUGAAAUACCACAGGAGCUGUUGCUCGGCAAGCACCAGCUGAGUGAGUUAGGCAACGAUUCGGCGAAGAUUAAAGAUAUGGGCAUCUUUUAUAAGUUUUCAUCUCAGAAAUUGGUGAAAUUCAUGAACGUCCUGGAGAAGAACAUUCAGGACAGUGUCAAACUAUCCACAUUAAUGAACCAUGGUAACGACUCCAUGGACGAGGAACGGCUGUGGCGUGACCUCAUCUUGGAGCGGGUGACAAAGUCGGCCGAUGCCUGCCUGACGGCGCUCAACAUCAUGACUUCGCCGCGCGUGCCCAAAGUGGUUUUCAUCGAAGACGUCAUCGAGCGGGUUUUGCAGUACACCAAGUUCCACAUGCAGAACUCCUUGUAUCCCCAGUACGACCCCACCUACAGGGUGGAUUCCCAUGGAGGUGCCGUGCAUAAUUCCAAAGGCAAGAAAGCAAAAAGCUCAGGCCAUAAACAAAAAACAGUGCUUCAACUCUACGGCAAAGUGUGUGGCAUCAUCAGCAGUCUUUCUGAGCUGGUGGAGAUCCAGCUGCUUACAGACACGACCAUUCUGCAGGUGUCCACCCUCGGGAUCACGCCGUUUUUUGUGGAGAAUGUCAGUGAGCUGCAGUUGUGUGCCAUCGCAUUGGUGACCGCGGUGUUCUCCCGCUACAGGAAGCACAGGCAGCUCAUUCUUGAAGAGAUCUUCAACUCAAUGGCCAGGCUGCCGUCCAAUAAACGCAACCUGAGGAACUUCAGGUUAAACAGCAGCGAUCAUGGAGGCAGCAAGCAUAUCCAGAUGGUCACUGCCUUGGUUCUACAGCUUAUCCAGUGUGUGGUGCAGCUACCCUCUCCAAAGGAUGGAGAAGAUGAACACAAUAGGAAGGUGGACAAAGACGUCCUCAUCACCAAUUCCUAUGAGACUGCCAUGAGGACUGCUCAGAACUUCCUGUCAGUGUUUCUCAAGAAAUGCGGCAGUAAGCAGGGAGAGGACGACUACAGGCCUCUAUUUGAGAACUUUGUCCAUGACCUCCUGUCCACUGUCAACAAACCCGAGUGGCCCGCUGCUGAAUUGCUGCUCAGUUUGCUUGGUCGUCUCUUGGUGCACCAGUUUAGUAACAAGCAGACAGAGAUGGCGCUCCGGGUGGCAUCGCUGGAUUACCUUGGCACCGUCGCUUCUCGCCUGCGUAAAGACACCGUCAAUUGCAAGCUGGACCAAAAGGCCAUUGAGCGCAUUCUAAAAGAGUGUCCCGGUAACGAUGAGACGCAGCAACUCCAGAGGGCCUUGUUGUGCUACAUCGAGGAGAGCAGUGAAAUUGAUCCCGCUCUCGUUUUUGCCAGGAAUUUCUACAUUGCCCAGUGGUACAGGGACAUCACGAGCGAGGUGGACAAGGCAAUGAAGUUGCACGAUGACGACGACGACCCGAAAGGUUCAUAUGCCGCCAACAACGUUGACUCCACUGAGGAGAUUGUGCAGAGGGCCGAAUUGCGGAAAAAGUUCUUACGCAAGGUUAUCAGAAACUCUUACACCAGGAUCAGCUCUGACGCAGUAGACUACAAGGACUCCUGUUUGAUCGUCCAAUACCUAGCCUCUAUGAGGCCGUUCUCACAGAGUUUUGACAUUUAUUUAUCACAGAUCCUGAGAGUACUUGGUGAGAGUGCCAUUGCAGUCAGAACGAAAGCCAUGAAGUGUCUCUCUGAGGUUGUGGCUGUGGACCCGAGCAUUCUCGCAAGGUCCGACAUGCAGCGUGGUGUUCACGGCCGCCUCAUGGACAACUCCACCAGUGUGCGCGAGGCCGCCGUGGAGCUCGUCGGACGCUUUGUGCUCAGUCGACCCGAGCUCAUCGAGCAGUACUACGAUAUGCUCAUCGAGAGGAUAUUGGACACGGGUAUUAGCGUGAGGAAAAGAGUCAUCAAGAUCCUGAGGGAUAUUUGUCUGGAGUUGCCGGACUUCCACAAGAUCACCGAGAUGUGUGUCAAGAUGAUCCGAAGGGUCAACGACGAGGAGGGCAUUAAGAAACUGGUGAAUGAGACCUUCCAGAAAAUCUGGUUCACACCCACACCCAGUCAUGACAAAGAUGCCAUGAUCAGAAAAAUCCUCAACAUCACAGAUGUGGUGCUUGCGUGUAAAGAUUCCGGCUACGAUUGGUUUGAGCAGCUCCUCCAAAAUCUCCUUAAAUCAGAAGAAGCUGCUGCGUACAAACCAGCCAAGAAGGCCUGCAGUCAACUGGUGGACAAUCUGGUGGAGCACAUGGUGAAAUAUGAGGAGUCCAUUGCAGACUGCGAGGACAAAGGCAUCAACUCCGGUCGCCUGGUGGCGUGUGUCACCACGCUGUACCUGUUCAGCAAGAUCAGGCCGCAACUGAUGGUGAAACACGCCAUUACCAUGCAGCCUCACCUGACCACCAAGUGCAACAAUCAGAAUGACCUCAUCGUGAUUUGCAACGUCGCCAAGAUCCUGGAACUAGUGGUGCCUCUGAUGGACAAUCCCAGCGAGAAUUUCCUCACCACCAUAGAAGAAGACCUCAUGAAGCUCAUCAUCAAAUAUGGAAUGAUGGUUGUGCAGCACUGUGUAAGCUGUCUCGGUGCUGUGGUAAACAAGGUCACACACAACUACAAGUUUGUUUGGGCUUGUUUCAAUCGUUUCUAUGGUGCCCUGGCCAAACUCAAAACCCAGCACCAGGAGGACCCCAACAGUCCCACCUUGGUGACGAACAAGCCCACACUGCUGCGCUCGCUGUUCACGGUUGGUGCUUUGUGUCGACACUUUGACUUUGACCAAGAGGAGUUCAAGGGUGCCAGCAAGCUCAGCAUUAAGGACAAAGUCUUGGAACAUCUUUUGUAUUUUACCACUCACAAAGAUGAGGAGGUCCAAGUCAAGGCCUUGAUUGGUUUAGGCUUCCAGUUUAUCAUGCAUCCCGAGCUGAUGUUCGUGCAGGAUGUGAAGAUUCUCUACAGCACCACCCUGUCCGACGAACACAGUCUGGUCAAUCUGAAGAUCCAAGUGCUGAAAAACAUGCAGACAUAUCUGCAGGAGGAGGACUCGCGAAUGCAGGAGGCCGACCGUGACUGGAAGGAAAAGGCCAAACAGGAGGAUCUGAAGGAGAUGGGUGACAUCUCAUCGGGUAUGAGCAGCUCCAUCAUUCAGAUCUACCUGAGGCAGGUGCUGGACUCCUUCCUCCACACUCAGUCCACCGUGCGCCACUUUGCUUUGAGCGUGAUCACGCUGACACUCAGCCAGGGGCUGAUCCACCCUGUGCAGUGCGUGCCCUACCUGAUUGCCAUGGGAACCGACCCUGAGCCAACCAUGAAGAACAAGGCUGAUCAACAACUGGUGGAUAUUGACAAGAAAUAUUCAGGCUUCAUCCAUAUGAAAGCCGUAGCUGGGCUGAAAUUGUCCUAUCAGAUCCAGCGGGCCAUCGCCGGAUCCACAGUCGUCAUCCUCCGAGGCUUCCGUCAACACGACACCGACGUGGCCAUGUGCUCUCAUCUCUACACUUUGGUUCGGGGGAACCGCCAACAUCGGCGAGCCUUCCUCAUUUCUCUGCUCAACAUGUUUGACGACAGCUCCAAAACCGAGGUGAACUUGCUUCUAUUUGUGGCGGACAACUUGGCCUGCUUCCCAUACCAAACGCAGGAUGAGCCUCUUUUCAUCAUGCACCACGUGGACAUCACUCUAUCGGUCUCUGGGAGCAACCUGCUGCAGUCUUUUAAAGAGUCUUUAAGAAAAGGACCAAUUCCACGACCGAAGAAGAUAAAGAAGAAGAAGAAAAAAAAGAAGAAGAAAAAGCCUCGGAAGAUCCGUGACAGCUCUGACGACAGUGAGGGGAGCAGCAGCCGAUCCAGUAGCAGCAGCAGCAGCAGCAGUAGUAGUAGCAGCAGCAGCAGCAGCAGCGAGGAGGAAGAGGCGGAAAAGGCGCACGGGCAAUCUGACUCCGACAUGGAUGACGAGAAUGUGGUGAUGGCCCGGCUCCCCGAGGACCCAAAGCCUUUGCUGGACUUCUCCCUGGCUUCGCAGGGAAUCUUACUGCUGCUCAUGCUCAAACAACACCUCAAGAAUCUGUACGGCUUCUCAGACAGCAAAAUACAGAAAUACUCACCAACGGAAUCGGCCAAGGUGUACGACAAGACGGUGAACAGGAAAUCCAAGGUGCACUUCAACCCCCGCCAGACUCUAGACUUUCUGAAGGUCGGUCUGUCCAGCUCAGACAUCAGUCAUGAGACCAGGAAGGCUAUCGUCAAACAGUACUUACACUUCAAAGUACUAAUGGAGCACCUGGACCGUGAGGAAGAGGAAGAGGAGGGCGAGGCCAGCGCCAACGCCAGAAACAAAGCAAUUACCUCACUGCUCCAGGGCCCCAAACCCCGAAACCACAAUCACAACAAUCACACGGCGCCAAUCGAGUCCGAGGACGAGGAGAGUGAGGAUGAAGACCGCCCGGCGCAGAAGUCGCGACGAGGUGACGACUUGGCGGAGGAUUCCGGCCACAUGAACGAGAGCGUGGACGUGACGGACGUGGUGGCCAUCUGCUGUCCCAAAUACAAAGACAGGCCGCAGAUCGCCAGGGUGGUGCAGAAGACCAAAAGCGGCUACAGCGUGCACUGGAUGUGCGGGUCCUACUCCGGACCCUGGGCCGUGGCCAAGAAACGGGACGGUCGCAAAAAGGUGCCUUGGUUGGACAACAUCAAGGAGUCGGACAUUAUUUAUAAGAAAAUCUCCUUAACGAGCGGACACAAGCUGACACACAAAGUGGCACAGACGUUACGAGCGCUAUACGCCGCCAAGGACGGGACUAAGCAUUAGACAACACUCUGGCAAACCCACAUGGAUCCAGUAUGUUACAGAGAAACAUUCAAAGCUCUUUCUAUUUAAGGACCUAAUAGACCAAGUUGAAGUUAACAGACCAGAAGGAAAUGUUUCGAAAAACAUUGGGUGGGAGCUCCUUCGCUGUUGUGCAGCAACCCGAUUCAUUUUUACUCCCGCUGACUGUAUUAUAGUUGAACUAAAAAAAAUGUUUAUAUCUGAAAAUAAUUCUGUAAAAAAAAGUUAAAAAAAGAAAAAAAGAAAGUGAAUGUUGGAAAUUAGUGUAUUGACGUUCUUAAUAAAGUGUUUUUUGGACUUAC